AAGCCCCCCUGAGCCGUAGGUCUUGGGUCUGUCCAGAGACUGGACUGGAGGGACAGGAGCCAGGCCUGGGUUCAAGCUGUCUUGCGUUCCUCGGGGCUGAGGCCAGGGCGGGGAGGCAGAUCAGGCGGGGGACCAGGCAGGAGGAGGAUGCUACACGUGGCACCGGGGUGGGGCCCUGAGAGGGGCUUCAGGAGGAGGACCACGUUGGCAGGACCAUGCGGGUGGGCCUGGCUCUGACAGGUUUCUGGGAGUGGGAGCCCAGGCAGCCAGCGCCAGGGCCUGCCCAUCCAUGAGUCAGGGCCCUACCUUAGCCCAGGGGUUUUCUGGUUCCUCAUGAAACGGCCAGUCCGUAAACACGUGCCAUGUGUCCCCAAGCGGGCGGCCCACCCGCUGUCCUACCUCCAAGCCUGCACCUCCGGAGCCAGGGGAGCAGGAAAAGAGCUGCCGGGGGAGGCCCCUCAGGGGACUGAUCUCCCAUUUGUCUGAGAAGCACGACAUGCCGGCCUGGGGGGACACGGGGGAGACAUGCUGCUUGGCGCUGGGUCAUCUCACUGCUGAGGUGAGGCUGUGAUGCCAGGGCAAGGACUGAGCGGGAAGGCCUGUGCUGGGCACACUGACGUGUCCAGGGCCAGGCAGAGACAGCGGAGGAGGAAGCCGAGCUGGCCUUGCAGGAUGGACAGGUCCCGGUGCCAGCCCUCCCCUGACCCAGGGUGACUGUCCACAGGGCAAGACCUGCCUCUGGGUGUGGGUGGCCAUGUCAUUGGUCUGCCUGUGCAGGCUCUCAGGUGGGCCAGGUUUCCGGCCCCUGCCCCAUGGCUGGCCUCCACCAGAGGACGGCCCCACCCAGGCCAGCCGCAGCAACCUGCUGAACCGGUCAGGGAGGCAGCGGACUGCCAGGGCAGGAGGACUGAGGAGCCGCGCCUCGGAUUCUUGGCUUCCUUGCAGCUGAGCAGUGAGGGUCCCGAACCCAUCCUGCCCAAUCUCGACACACCCCUUUCUGCUAUGCCCGCCGUCAAGGGGACCAUGCUGGCCCAGGAGCCAUAGCCGGGCAGAUGCCGGCGGGGGGGAGGUGGCCUCUAACGGGAGUGAUCAGGGCUAGCCACAGUGUGUGAGUGGGGCUCUCCAUACCCAUGCCUCGGCACCUCCGUGGACUUCAUGGGGCUGACCGUGGCCCUGUAAUGGGGGCGCGACAGACCCAGACCCAGCAGGAGAAAGGUGCUGGGACAGAUCGGCGUGGACACACACACUGCGAUUGUGCUUGGGGAGAACGGGACCCCCCAGGGCUCUGAGCUGCUGAGGGUCUCAGCAGGUUACCUGGAAGGGGUGAUGCUUGAUCAGGGAGUUAAAGCAGCAUCCCCUAGGGCAAGGCCAGCAGGCUUGGGGACCAUAAGCAUUGGAGUGGCGUGGAGGCGGGACAGGCUGGCCAAGGUGGGGAGAGGGACCAGGGUGAGCUGGGAAGCCGGGCGUGGGGGGGUACCCACGGAGCCACAUCCGGGCACCGGGCGGGGGGCGCUUAUCUCCCCCGGGCUGGCGGUGCUGCUGGAUCCAGUUGCGUUGUGGCUGAAAGGGGAGCCCACACCGCCUUCAGCCGCCGCCCGCCUCCCUGCUGACUCGUCUGUGCUCUGCCAGUAAUGCGAGCCCCAGGGCGGGAGCUGCAGGGUGCUCUGGGGCCCCUCCCAGUCCCCCAGACGUCCUCCUGCUGGGCAGAGCUGGACCACAGAGCGGAUGCAGGAUGCUGCAGCCAGACAGGCCCCGGGCCUCUGAGGAGGGGACGACCGCGGGGUCCCGGCGGGGUGACUGCGUCAUCUGCUGCUCUGCCUACGACCUCGCGGGCCACCUCCCGCACCGUCUCUACUGCGGCCACACCUUCUGCCAGGCGUGCGUGCGGCGGCUGGACACGCCAGCGGGCGAGCAGCGCUGGAUCCCCUGCCCACAGUGCCGCCAGAGCACACCCACACCCCGGGGAGGGGUGGCCCUGCUGGACCUCGACCUGGCCGCCUUCCUGGCCGUGAGGGCUGAGCGGGAGCCAUCUCGCAGGGAGCCCCCUGCAGCCCCCAAGGGCAGUGCCACCAUCACUCAGCAGCCGGCCAGGCUCUGUCCCACCCUAGGCCCCCAGCCCCACUUCCCCCAGGCCCGGGGCUGCUGCGGUCUCUGCUGGGACGCCCCUGGCGGUCCCGAGGUCUGAGCGCUGGUGGCUGCCCCUCCUGGCAGGGGAGCUGCUGCCCACAGCCCAUCCCAGGAACCUCUACCCGCGGCACAGCCAGCCUGGAGCAGCCUGGGGGCCGAGGAUCGGGCAGGCUGCCCUCCACGGACUUCCCCAGGCUGCAGCCGCAGCUUGGAGGCUGUGCCCCCACUACUAGGAGACUCUGCAAAGAGGUGCAGGUGACCUCCUGCUGGUCUUGGCCAGGAUUCCAGGGCCUCAAGCUGGGCUGUGUGUAGGGGGAGGUUGCUGCGGUCACCGGCAGGCCCAGCCUGGGCCUGGGCUCAACUCUGAAGAUGCCUCCCUGGGGGUCCGGCUGCAGGCCAGAGGGUCGGGGUCUGGCCAAGUCUGUGCCUGGUCGUGCUGGAACCCGUCUCCCCGUCCCAGCGGUGUGAGCCAGACAGAGACAGACCACCUCCUUCACCCUCGGCCGGCCAAGCAUCCCCGUGAGGAUUACUCGCUCAGCAAAGCGCAGGGAGCGCCAGCAGCGCGUGGGCCGCUACUCCAGGAGGCUCUCCUGCAGGCGCAAAGUCCCUGCUAUGACAGGUGUCCGAGGAGAGGGCCCUGGUGAGGCCAGCUCCAGGCCCAGAGAGGGUGGGGGCCUGCCCAGGGCUGCACAGCCACCCCCCACCACGCACCCUUUUCCUGGUCCUUGGCUCCCUGCUGACUCACAGUGGCCCCACAUGGGCCCUUCCAAACCCUUCCGAGGGGUCAGAGCAGGGCCGGGGGCUACGGAUACAGACACCCUCCCAAGUCAGGCUGCAUUGUCCCUAUCCGCACCCGGAAAGGAGCUGUCCCAUGGUCCCUCAGAAGCCUCUGGGAGGGACUGCUGGGUCUGUCCUGGACAGUGGGUGCAGGACAGGGAGAGAGAAGAGAAUGUGCUGAGAAGACACUCAGAGACCUCCUCCUCCUCUGGGGCAAAGUCUCCCGGGCACACGGCGAUUGGUGGGCAGCAACUGGACCAGGGUGCUGUGGGCCAGCAGGCCCCCUGGGGUGACCAGGCCCAAGGGGGAGGGUAGAUGCCUGCCCCAAUAGGGGCAGCAGGAGAGGGGCUGAGCCUGAGAGGCCCCCGCAAGCCCCGGGGCAGUGGGGUCAUUCUCCUGUGAACAGAUGGGCUGAGUCUGUGGGUCCAGGCGGGGUGGGCGGUGGGCUGGGCAGCAGGGUGGCCUGGGGAUGGGUCCUGCCCCCUAGCUUGCCAAUAGAGGCAACUGCUCUCCAGCAUAACUGCCCACCUCUGGGGCCGAGCCCGCCGGGAGCUCUGCUGGGCCCAGCCCUGCCCUGAACCCGGAUCUGAACUGGGUGACUUCAGGGACUGGGGCCCUCCCCACCCACCUGGUGCAAAGGGCUUCCCGCCCACGGUUGGAUGGGGUAGGGAUGACCACAGGAAGGCCCGCAGGGCUUGGGAGGGGCUUCCCCAGGGGCCUCCCGGCCAACCAGCCAGAACACCAACAUCCUAUCCUUCCCCAGGCGGGCAGCGCACAGGGUCGUCACUUCCCAUCUGUGUCUGCUCAUGAGCCCGUACCCACCCCUGCAACAGCCCUGGGCUGGCGCAGAGCCCAGCCAGAGAGAG